GGAGCGGGAGCGGGAGCGGGAGCGGGGUCCCCCGGGUCGGCGUGGGCCAUGCCCCCCGCGGGCCGCGGCUGACGCGGGGUCCGGCGGGGAGGAUGGAGGCGGGCUGGGGCGCGGGGGCGCGGGAGGCGUCGUGCUGGGCGGCGCUGCUGCUCCUCUUCGCCGCGUCGCUGCUGACGGUGUCGGCCUGGCUCCUGCAGUACGGCCGGGCCGUGUGGCGGGCGCGGGGGGCGCGGGGGGCGCGGGGGGCGCGGGGCGGCCGGGGGCCCCGGGGGGCGCGGGAGGGCCGGGGGGGCCCGGAGCCGUCGGGCCGGGAGCCGGGCGCCUGGCGCUCCCUGCUGGGCCCGCGGGCCGGGGGAGCCGCCGCCGGGGCCCCCGAGGAGCCGGGCGUCCGGGGCCUCCUGGCCUCCCUCUUCGCCUUCAAGUCUUUCCGGGACAACUGGCAGCGCGCUUGGGUGCGGGCGCUCAACGAGCAGGCCUGCAGGAACGGGAGCUCCGUUCAGAUCGUCUUCGAGGAGUCGCCCCAGCUUCCUCCCGAUGCCCGGGUCAGUGGGGUGACCUGCACGGACCGGUCCGAGUCCAGCGUGGUCCUGCGGUGCCGCGUGUCCGCCGAGGAGGUGCGGUUCCCGGUGUCCGUGACCCAGCAGUCCCCGGCCGCCGUCUCCAUGGAAACCUACGGUGUCACUCUGGCGCUGUCCGGGGCCCAGCUAGAGGUCAGUUUGGAGGAGAUUCCGGGCGAGGGGCUGCUGGUGUCCUGGGCCUUCCCGGUCCGGCCCGAGCUGAGCGUCACGGCCGUGCCCAGGCUGCGGGCGCGGGAGAGGAGCGAGGGGCAGGUGGAGCUGUCCACCGUCGAGGACCUGAUCGAGGAUGCCGUGGUCAGCACGCAGCCGGCCAUGAUGGUCAACCUGCGGGCCUGCCCGGCCCCGGGCAGCUCGGUGCCCCGUGAGAAGCCGCCCACGGUGUCCCCCGGCCCCCCGGCCCCCCCGGGCCCUGCCCGGCUGCUGCUCAGACAGCUGAAGGCCACCAAUGUGGGUGCCGAGAUGGGAGGUGGAGGGGAGCUGCGCUGCGUGGCCGAACUGGACGACCCCCUGCAGCAAAAGUGGACCGGACCGGCUCGGGCCGGCCCGGAUGCGGAGUGGCCCGAGGAGCUGGCCCUGGAGCUGGGGGCCCGGAGCCGGUCGCUGACGCUGAAGGUCCUGAGCCCCGGCGACACCGGAGACGGUGUCGUCCUGGGCCACGCCACCCUGCAGGUGGGCUCCUCCUCUCGGCCGACUUCACGCCGGCAAAUCUGCACCUUGACCCCCGGGCCGGGUCGGCCUCCGGGGGCUCCGGCUCCCACGCUGGCGUUGGAGCUGAAGUACGAGGAAGGGCCGCGGCCCCCGGGCCCCCCGGCCCUCGCCGCCCCCCGCCCCAGCAUCACCCCCACCAAGAGGGUGGAACUCGAUCGGACCAUCAUGCCCGACGGCACUAUCGUCACCACGGUCACCACCGUCCAGUCCCGGCCCCGGACCGACGGCAAGAUGGACUCCCCGUCCCGCUCCCCGUCCAAGGUGGAGGUGACCGAGAAGACCACGACGGUCCUGAGCGAGAGCGGCGGGCCCGGCCGCGCCUCCCCCGGCAGCGGCCGAGGAAGCCCCCUCUCCAACGGGCUGGACCCCGUGGCGGAGACGGCCAUCCGCCAGCUGACGGAGCCCGGCGGGCGGGGGGCGAAGAAGACGCCCACCAAGCGCAGCACGCUCAUCAUAUCCGGCGUCUCCAAGGUGCCCCUGGCCCGGGAUGAGUUGGCGCUGUCCCUGGGCUACGCCGCAUCCCUGGAGGCCUCCCUGCGGGGGGAGGCGGGGCCCGGGCCGUCGCCCCCGCCCGACACCCCCCGGGCCGAGUCCCCCGGACCGGAGGGCCUGGGCGGGCGGGAGGCGGACGAGACCACGCGGUCGGACAUCUCGGAGCGGCCGUCCGUGGAGGACGUGGAGUCGGAGACGGGCUCCACCGGGACCCUGGACACCCGCAGCCUCAAGGAUCAUAAAGUGGGUUUCCUGCGCAGCGGCACGAAGGUGAUCUUCCGCCGGCGGCACCGGUCCCGGGAGGCGGGUCUGAGCCAAUCCCACGACGACCUGUCCAACGCGGCCGGCCCCGGCGUCCGCAAGAAGGCCGGCAGCUUCUCCCGCCGCCUCAUCAAGCGCUUUUCCUUCAAGACGAAGCCCAAGGCCGACGGCAGCCCGAGCCCCCGGCUCUGAGGGACCCCCGACACUGGGGGGGUGGGGGGCCGCCUCCCGCCGCUGGGCCGAGCGGGCGGAGCGGGGCCGCGCCCCCCCGGCCCGCCGGGGCCCCGGGGCCGGGGAGGACUCAGGGAGGGGCCUGCCGCCGCGGGAGAGGGGAGGCGAUGGGAGGGCGGUUCCCGGCCCGGCACCGGGACCCGCUGCUUACCCCCCUGGGCUCGGCCCGCUGGGGUGCCCGGGCCCGUGGGCCGGCGGCCCCCCGUCCCUACUCUUUCUACACCCUCCCCCUCCCCGCCGCUAUUUAUUCUAUUUAUACGCGGGGCCCCGACG